GCCCCGGCCGCCGCCCCGCCCCGCCAUGCCGCAGCCGUAGGCAGCCCGCGGCCGCUCCCAGCCCUCGGCCUCCGCGGCCUCCGGGCGGCGCGGCGGCGGCGGGCCCGGUCCUGCCCUGCCCGAUGGGCAGCCUGCUGAGCGGGGUCAGCUUCAAGGAGCCCACCACGGUGGAGGACUGCGACUCCACCUGGGAGACCGACUCCGAGCCCGAAGCGGCGGACGCCGGCGGAGAGCCGCAGCGGCAGGAGGGGGUGUGCACCGCCGCGGGAGGCGGAGAAGAGCCGGCAGAGCUGUCCGCCGCGGACUGCCGGCCCCAGGAGCCACCACCGGCCCCGGCCCCGCCGCCAGAGGAAGGGGAGCGGGCAGAGGCGGACGCCACCAGCCCCGAGCAGAGUGGUGAUGGAACUGAGCUGACAGCCAAGCCAAAGAGAAGCUUCUACGCAGCAAGAGAUUUAUACAAGUACCGACACCAGUACCCAAAUUUCAAAGAUCUCCGAUACCAAAAUGACUUGUGCAACCUCCGCUUCUACAAAAAUAAAAUCCCAUUUAAACCUGAUGGGGUUUAUAUUGAAGAAGUCCUAAAUAAAUGGAAAGGAGACUACGAAAAACUGGAACAUAACCACACAUACAUACAGUGGCUUUUUCCACUGAGAGAACAAGGUCUGAAUUUCUACGCUAAAGAAUUAACUACAUAUGAAAUUGAGGAAUUCAAGAAAACAAAAGAAGCAAUUAGAAGAUUCCUUCUGGCUUACAAAAUGAUGUUGGAGUUCUUUGGAAUAAAACUGAUUGAUAAAACUGGAAAUGUAGCACGAGCUGCUAACUGGCAAGAAAGAUUUCAGCAUUUGAAUGAGUCUCAACACAACUACUUGAGAAUCACUCGAAUUCUGAAAAGUCUUGGUGAGCUUGGAUAUGAGAGUUUCAAAUCUCCCCUGGUAAAAUUCAUUCUCCAUGAAGCUCUUGUGGAAGAUACCAUUCCCAACAUUAAGCAAAGUGCUCUAGAAUAUUUUGUUUAUACUAUUAGAGACAGAAGAGAAAGGAGGAAACUCCUGAGAUUUGCCCAACAGCAUUAUACACCCUCAGAGCAUUUUAUCUGGGGACCCCCAAGAAAACAGAAGUCAGAAGGAAGCAAAACAAAUAGAAAGCCAGCAUCUCCCAUUUCUAUUCACAAUAGUUACAUUUCUAAGCAUAAGAAACCAAAAGAGCCUAAGAAUACAUCAGCAAGUGGAAGCUCAGCCAGUAAAACAACAGAAGGAAAGAAGGUAGAACUCCCAAAAAAUGGAGAAGAAAAUGACUUGGAUGAACAAGAAAUGAACUGUGAUGCUGUUAGGCAGAACAACAGUGAAAAGAACAGUGAAACUGUUACCCAUCAGCUUUCAAAAUCAGAAGAAACUAAUGAUAUUUCAGACAGGAAGGAAGAUGCUUCUCAUUUGAAAAAAGAUGAUGAAAAUCUGAGCAAUGACUGUGGAAAUCACCCAGGCACGAUAGAGAAAGAUUCAUGUGACACUGAGAAUUUGUCAGAUAACACAACAGUGGAUCUACAAGAUAACCUGGAUAAGGAUACGCUUUCUGGGGGGACCACCACAAAAAUCAAGGAUGAGCUCAAAUCAUGAGUCUGAAGUUAAAAAUCAUUAUGUUUCAUAUUGAAUGAAGCAACAAAUUCAUUGCUCCUUCAUUUUGGGUGAAAUCUCCAUCUAGUGUAGUAUAAAAUGUUCAUGAGACUAUGCUUGUUGUGAAUACAUCAGAUUAGACUUAAGUUAAUUAUAUUUUUAUCAACCUCAGUUUAUCACUAGUCAACCAGGUGUAGCUCUUUAAAACAUUCAUGUAUAUUCAAAGCUAACAAAUUCCUUAUCUUUUCCAGACAGAUUGCAUAGAAAAGGUGAUAUAUUUUGUAGCCACUAAAUUUAUCCACUAUUUAAACAAACAAACAAAAAAACCACUAGAAGGCCUUGGAGCAUAAGAAUUUUUUACAUUUCUUUCAAUAUGCUUUAAGUGUUUAUUUCUUAUUAUGAAAUGACUAGAAAUUAUUUCAAGAGCACAGAGUUUUUUUUCUGAGUGGACUGGGUAUUUUUAGGAGCUAUGUUGAUGAUUAAUGGCAGUAUUUGCACAGCAUCUUUUACCUGAGAUUAACAUCCUUGUCCAAGACACUUAGUAACAGCUAUCAAAAUGUCCUGUGCAGCUGGGUGUCAGUGUAUGUUGAAUAAAAACAGUGAAACUGAAUCCACAGCUUUUGGGUAUAAAGCAACUUGCUCUUCAAAUUUCUUAUAGGCCCUGUUAAGUUCUUUCUUCAUUCAGAAGUUACUACUACUAAUUUGGAAGGAGGGAUCUCUUUGAUCACUCAGACUUGGUCUCAGUGUGGAAGCUCUUUGGUAAUCAGUAACAGAACAACUCUCUCAGCUGGGUUUAGAACCUGGAAGGCCUCUUGAAAAGCAGAAAGCAGCUGAAAAGAGGUGGCUUCAACACAAAACACUGCAUAAUCAUCAAAGCCAUCAGAGAAAAAGUUACCUGGCCUGUCCGGGUGGAUCUUCCCUGAACUUGCAAGUUUCUUGGAUGGCUUUGGGUAAGAUCUGCACAAUGCUGAACUGCUGUUGCUGGGGCUGGGAGAGGAAGGCAGUCCUGAUGCUUCCUUCCUGCUGUCUCUCUCUUCUUUUUGCUCUGUAUCAGAGGUCCUUCACAGUUUAAUUUUCUUUUGAUUAUAGGCUGAAACCUGUGGCUGGCCAGUCUGCUGCCAUGGCUGGAGGCCAGCAGGUAGGAAUUUCCCAAUUAAGAACUUUCCCAACCUUCUUUACUGAAGGACUUUCUGGUUUCCCUGAGUAGCCUCUUCUGAUUUAGUACCAUUCAAUCAACGAUGAUAGUACCCAGGAAGUUAAUAGUGUGGAACAUGAAUUUAAAAAUAAUGCAGGUAGAAUCUCACACUUUCUACAGUCCUAAAAUAAUCUAAAACUUCUGUAUGUGUUUUCUAUUUAAAAGUCUAUAUGUUAUCCACUGCCUUUAAUGUAUUUUUAAUGAAAAGGUACAAGGCAAGUAGCUGACUACAGUUUGAGUGUUGGAGUGCUAUGAGACUUUAAUCAAGUCUCACAGCUCAAGAAGACAAAGUCUUCGGGGGUUUCAGAGCAUAAACAGAAUGUCUUGUAUUUUUCUGUUUCACUAAUACCCAUCAUGGCAGUUUAUCAUCCAUUGCUUUCCCUGGGUAGCACUGUUUCUUGGGAUCAAAUAGAGUGGCAGCCAGAGAUAUUGGUACCUAUGAACACAGGUAAGGUUCUCUCCAUCCUAAAGAGGCAGAAAAGAAGGAAGGUGUGUCCCUCCUUCUCCUGUGCUUACUUGUAAAGAAAGGGUCAUUUGUACAUGGAUUUUUUUAAAGGUAACCCAGAUUGUUCAAGGAAACAUUAAGUAUGUGAUAGCAGAAAUGCUCCAGAUAAUUCCUCCUACAGCCAGUGCUGCUUAAAAGCUGGAAAGGUGAAAAGAAGCCUUUCACAAUACCCAGGACUUGAACUAGGAUGCCUGUGUUAUGUUUGCCUCUGACUUUUGGAGCAGAAGGGGACACAAAAUAGUGAGAUGAAAUGGGUCUGUGUAGUUAAGGAUUCUGGCCCCACCUGUAAGCACAGGCAGGACAACUUUAUGUUCUGCCUAUGACUUUUUAAAAUCUUGAGUGCCUCACCAUGCUGACUUAAUAGUGUUGUUUUUACAUAGUUAUUUCUUGAAGGGCAUAAGGAAAACUUACACACUGCGUAUGAAGAACAUAACUAGAAGGUAGGUAGUUGUACAGAGCCUUCAAUUUAUGGACUUUAGUAUUAAGGCUAAACACUAUAAAAAUACCUAGUAUUCAAGUGAAAUAAGGGAUGCUCGGAGUGUUACUAUAUUUAUACUGCCAUUUGAUUGAACAUAGAAUAUUGCCUACUGCCAAGAAAAAAUAACAAAUCUUGCUCUUGGGAUUUGCAUCCAAAAGAUGUCUCUGCAGUACAGUAUUCUGUUAUUGUGACACAGCUUUCACCUGUACAUGCUUGCUGGUUCAACCACUCAAAAUCAGCUGCUUAAUGUGCUUUUAAUCUGGUGAGGCUCUCUGCGUUAAGGGCCCAGUGUAUCUGAAAAUACAAUCAAGAACUUUGGGACUCAUGUACUUAGUAACUCUGCAGUUAUUUUAUUUUUUUAAAAUCUGCAGCUCCUUGUAUUCCUAUCAAGUUUUUACAGAAGUGAAAAGAGUAGUGGCAUACCAGUUGCCUACAAAAAAGUAUGGGUAUUAGGUAUGUGAGGUUUCUUGUGUCAGGUGGGCUCUUGCACUCUGAUCUUUGUUUUAUAGCUUUAGCAGCAGAAUUACUCCCAUGUGACACUUCAGCUUUAACACAAGCAUUCUUCUCUAUGUAAAAUGUGACAGUAUAUUAUUCUUUUCAUGAAAGAGUUGUUUCUUCUGAUGUUGUAAGCGCUUAAAAGAAGGAUUCAUUGCAGAGCAAUCUUGCAGCGUAGCAUCCCAUUGAGAUUUGUGAGGAUCAAGUGGGUGCACUGUGUGCGUUUCAUUACAGAAUCAUGGCCUUAGCAACCAGAGGCUCCCCAUGCUUGAGUUUUCUUAAUAUUGGCUUUUAGGUUUACAGUACAAUAUGUAGAAAUGAUUGUAUUAAAAACGCCAGUAGUCAUUGAAUCGUUACUUCAGGAACUGGGGAUAUGCAAAGGAAGUCUGGACAUUUGCUCAUUUUUAAGCUUGUUUUUGCAUUGCUAUGCACCUAAGUAUUCAGUGAUUUCUGUGUAAUUGCACAAUAAUUCUAUUUUUGAAUCUGAGCUAUUCGUUUACUAAUUGAACAGAACCUCCCAUACAGGUGUUCUUUCCUAAUAAGUACAUCUCAGUAGCCUCUGGGACAGCUAAAUGGGAAUAGUGUGUAUACCUACACACCUGUAGAUUUGGUUUUAAGUAUCCUAAGGUGAGAGGAAUGCACAGCUUGCUACAACAUGACUGUGCACACACAUGCAAGUGAAGGUGGUCCUGCAAAUCAUGCAGAAAAUGCAACACUUUAGGAUUAGUUUCAACUUUGUGCCCUACUAUCCAGGAUGUAACUGUACCUUGGUACCUGAUACUGUCUGGAUGUAGAGACUGAAGGCUUCUGUAGAGGAGAUUUGCACCACAGACCAUUCAGAUAAGAUGAGCAGUUAUUCAUUGGCAUAUAUCUAGGAGCAGAACUGAGCUCUUGAUGUCCAUUUUGCUCAUAUUUAAAGGCAUGAUCCUGAGAAAUGUUUGCAGUGAGUCUUUGAGAGUUUUUCUCAGGCUUGGUCAGCUCCUCAGUUUGCUGCUUUGAGAUUGCAGCAGUCUCAUGUAUUAGGUAUUUGUGUAAUCAUAGCUAAUGUUUCCUGUACCCUGGUGUAAGUCUCCUUGAGCCAUUCCAGAAUAAUAAUCUGCAGGUGCAUAUACCUGUACUAUAGCCAGAACGUUUACAAACUUUUUAUAAUUUUGAUGGCUGAUCCAGUAAGGUAAGUCUAGGGAGACUUACUAGAUUUAAACAGAAAAGAGAUCUUUUUAAUUUUUUUAAACAAAAUAUAUGUAUAUAUGCUAAUUUAGUUAAUUUUUUUCACCUUUCUUUUUCUGAUGGUUGUGGUGGUACUGAUCCCAAAUUAUAGUAAGAUAUAUAUGUUUAACUGAAAAUGUAGCUCCAACUUUUACAGGUAACAUUAUAUUGAAUUUCCUUGACAAAAGCUGUAUUUAUGAAUAAGAUGAAAGUAUGUGAAGUAAGUUUUGCCAUUAAUAAAAAUGUGACACUAUGAUCCUGCUCCCAGCAGUGGCCACUAAUGAUGUGAAACGAAGAUCAAAUGAGGUGACCCCAGUUUUCUCCAGGAAUUUUUCCAUUUUUGAACUUAUUUUCUUUCAGCCUCUGCAAUUGUGGCUAUGAGUUCCAGGUUUUAAUUGUUUUCUGUGGAAGAAGUUUGUCUCACUUGUCUCAGAUCUGAUUAUUCAAGAAUUGUUAGUGCAUUUGAACACAGUUGCUGAAAGUACUGUUAAGAUGAACAAUAAUCCACUUCAAGUUAGAUUUUAAAAGCCAUGUGAGAUUCUAAUGCUAAAAUACUUGCUUAGGGAGAAAAUGUCCUGUGUUUCUGUCCUGAGGCUGUCUGCUUAGGCUGAAAACUUGUCCUGUGUUGAUGACAAUAUUCUUGUACUUGUCCCAUCUGAAUAAAUUUUUACACAUAACUUCUUUUUUAUCAAGUAUGAAAAGUCAGAUUGCAACUUCAGAACAGAUUUUAAUUUUUUUCUAUCAGUGUAAACCCAAAAUCAGUCAAAGGCAAAACCCAUUCCUAUCCCAUAUCUGAGUGAGGUUCUUUAGGAUUUGGAGACACCAGCAUUGAUGGCUGUAAUGUUGUGAUCAUUUAGAAGACAGAAAUACUGUUGGGAGUUUCCUGAGAACUACCCUCCUCAGUCCACAUUUUGGUAACUUAUUUUGAUACCUGUCCCCAGUUCCAAUUGCAAUAGGUGUGACUGCUCAAAAGGUGGUUUUGAUGGCCAUGGGAGUCUGAAAAUGAAGGAUGGGUCAAAAAUGCCUAAGCAUGGGCAACCUGCCCUUUGUUCACUUCACAGUCAUUACUGCAGCUUCACUGCUAACAGGUAUUUACAUGCAGUUCCCCAAGGGGAAUGGAAAUUGAGUCUCUAACAUCUCUGUGCUCUGUAUUGCCUAUCAACUGCUUCUUUUCCUGAAAGCUCUGUUCUUUUUACAACCCAUGUUUUCAGGUAUUCUCACUUAGACCAUUAGGGGAAGCAAGAGUUUAUUUUAAGAAUAUAUUUAAUACGUGCCAUACCUAAUAGAGUCUUAAAUAUAGUUCAGAAGCUAGAGAUCAAUUAAAUAGAGACUUCCUGUGGCUUUACAUUUAUCAUCACCUUUGUAUUUAUUUUCAAAAGCAUUAAGCUGUUUACUAUAAAAUAACAUGAGAAUUGGCAAAUUGUUCUGAAAGAAGUCUCUUACUUCUUAGAAACUCAGCACUUUUUAAUUCUACCAUGCUUACAAGUCUAGUGGUGUAUUCAUCAACUAAAGUUUAUUGUGAAAUAUACUGAAUGUAUUUACUGCUGUGGCUAACUGUGUGAAAAUUACUGUUUUGCAGUAAAAAAACGGGUUAUGGCACAUAUGUUUUUGGGAUCUGCUGAAGCAUGUUUGCUAAUCAUUAGUUGCUCUUUUUUCUGUGUUUUAACCAAUCCACGGUUGUUUGCCCUUUAUGCUGUUUGACAGUGACAGAUGAUUAGGAAUAGCUUUGCACUGAUAAAAUUUGGAAGUUACAUAGGCUUCAUUGCUAAAAUGCAAUCUAAAACCAAAAAAAAGUGCAAUACAAAGAAAAAAAAAAAUCAAGCAAAACCCAAUAAUUUUUACUUGCAAAAUGGAACAAGUUACAUGUCAGUUUUUAUGAGUGGUCCUGCUCUCUUCUCUGUAUUCCUUUGCAGUGUUUAAUUACAGAAUGCUGUGCAUGUUUGGUAGUACCAAUACCAUAUGUAUGUGGUAGGAGUGGUAACCAGUUUCUGGAUUUGUAAUGCACUAAAAAGAUAUAUUUUAUAAUUCUGUAACUGUAUGGCAGUGUUAUGCCAAAAAAAUGUAUAAACAUAAAAAAGCAAUAGUUUAUGUUGCUUACUGCUAUAUUUUGACUGGUUUGUAAAAUUAAAGACUUGGAUUUCCUUUCAGGUAAAUAUAUUUUUAAUAACAGCAGCCAAAACGUCUAAAUCAAUAAAGCUUCUUCAUUUAGCAG